AUGCUACCUGAUACCGGAAUUUUGAGUCCGUUCACUACAGCGGUAAACCCAGAUCCACCCCAAUCACAGACCCUCCGAGUACCCCGUCCGACCCCAGUUUUGGACCGCCCAACUACAGAUUCGACGGCGAAUAAGCGAGUCAAGCUCGAUCCGACCGUCUCUAAAGUUCCUUGGGAACCUUCCGUAAAACCAAGUAGCAGUAAAGUCGAGGGCGCUAGCGGCCUCGAGCAGGAUUCUUUUAUGCCGACUUUAGGAUCCGUUUUCAAGAAAAAGAAGAAGGACAAAGAGGCUACCCGCCUCAAAGACUCAAGUGGAAACCCUGAUACCAUAAUCGAGGAUUCCCCAGUCACACCGUCGACCGAGAGAUCCCUCAGUCAGUCGUUGGGCUCCGCACCAUCGACGGCGACGACUGCAAAUUCCCACGGUGGUUUAUCAACAGUCACUUCUGCUACCUCCCAAACACCCACUUCCCCAAUUGCCACCGGCGGCCAAGCCGAGAAGGAUCACCCUAUGACGACUCCGGUCAAUGAAUCUGCUGGUCAUAGCAGAUCAGACAGCCAGACUCUCCAGAAGGCCGAAAAUGCAGUACGAGCUACGAAGGGCAAAUAUACCCUUCAGGACUUUAACUUCCAAAGGACAUUGGGUACAGGUAGUUUCGGUCGUGUGCAUUUAGUACAGUCGAAACACAACCUACGCUUCUAUGCCGUCAAAGUGCUCAAGAAAGCCCAGGUAGUUAAAAUGAAGCAGGUGGAGCACACAAACGACGAACGUCGUAUGCUCCAGAGAGUCAAGCACCCCUUCUUGAUCACGCUCUGGGGGACUUUCCAGGACGCCAAGAAUCUGUACAUGGUUAUGGAUUUCAUUGAGGGUGGUGAAUUGUUUAGCUUGUUAAGAAAGUCUCAGAGAUUCCCAAAUCCUGUUGCCAAGUUCUACGCUGCUGAAGUUGCGUUGGCCUUGGACUACCUACAUUCGAUGAACAUCAUCUACAGAGACUUGAAACCUGAAAAUUUGCUAUUGGACCGACAUGGACAUUUGAAAAUUACAGAUUUUGGUUUCGCGAAAGAGGUUCCGGAUAUCACUUGGACGCUUUGCGGUACACCCGAUUAUUUGGCACCAGAAGUCGUUGCGUCAAAGGGUUACAAUAAAUCAGUUGACUGGUGGUCGCUGGGAAUCUUGAUCUUCGAAAUGCUUUGCGGUUACACUCCAUUCUGGGAUGGAGGCAGCCCGAUGAAGAUCUACGAAAACAUUCUUCGCGGAAGGGUCAAAUAUCCAGCUUAUAUUCACCCUGACGCAAUGAAUUUGCUGCAACAGCUGAUUACACCGGAUCUAACGAAACGAUUGGGUAACUUGUACCACGGUUCUCGAUCCGUUUUGGAGCAUCCAUGGUUCGCAGAGGUCAACUGGGAACGAUUACUUAGCAAGCAAAUCGAACCCCCUUACGUUCCACCGGUCCGUGGCGGCAUAGGAGACGCCAGUCUGUUCGACAAGUACCCAGAAGAGACGGAAGAAUACGGCAAGGAUGGUCCCGAUCAGUAUGGGCAUUUCUUCACCGAUUUCUAA